AUGGAAAUGAAAAUGAUAGAUGUUGCAAGUGGAGGGGCACUAGUCAAUAUGACUCCUCAGAGAGCACGAGAGUUGAUUUCAACAAUGGCUGCUAACUCUCAACAAUUUCGACCAGCCACAGAACCCACAAGACGGGUUCAUGGGUUAAGUUCUCUAUCUGUAGAAGAUAAAAUUGAUAAGUUAAAAGGCAGUGUCGACAUUAAAAAAGCAAUGUGUGACUUAGGCACAUCAAUGAAUGUUAUGCCCUUGUCAAUUUAUAAACUACUUAAUGCGGGUCCUUUGAAGGAAACAUGUGUAAUUAUUCAGCUUGCAGAUAGAUCUGCGGUGCAUCCAGAAGGAGUGUUGGAGGACAUUCUUGUCAAGGUAAAUGAGCUAAUAUUUCCUACAGACUUCUACCAUAUUGGCAUGGAGGAUGAACAUUCGACCAAUUCGUCUAACAUACUUCUUUGGAGGCCAUUCUUAAGUACCACACAAACAACGAUUGAUGUACGAAAUGGGAUACUCAUUAUGGAGUUCGAUGGGAAAGUUGUGAAAUUCAAUGUCUAUGAGGCCAUGAACCGCCCUAACUUUGAUCCCAUAGAGGAACUAGAGGAGUGGAUAACCUUUGAAGAGUCUGUUCAUGAAACAGUGGCUCAUAUGAAGGCACCACAUUUACAGAAAGAUCUAGGUAAAUUUCUUGAAUUAUCUCCUUCACAAACUAAGCUUUUACCAUCUAUUUUGAAGGCUCCAGAAUUGGAACUCAAACCACUUCUAGACCAUUUGAAGCAUGCUUUUCUCGAUAAAGGAAAUACCUUACUGGUAAUAAUCUCGAGUAAACUCUCGAAGAUAGAAGAGGAAAACUUGGUACAUGGUCUUAGAGAUUAUAAAGAGGUAAUUGAAUGGACGAUAACCAACAUUAAGGGGUUGAGCCCCUUGACUUACAUGCACAAAAUUCAAGUUGUAGAUAAUGCAAUUCCCAAAAGAGAGGCUCAAAGGCAUCUCAAUCCACCCAUGAUAAAAGUGGUAAAUAACGAGGUACAAAAGUUACUUGAUGCUGGGAUGAUCUAUCCCAUUUACGAUAGUAAUUGGGUUAGCCCAGUCCAUGUAGUACUGAAAAUAACCGGCGUGACCAUAAUUGAGAAUUCGGCAGAUUCUAGUGGCACCAACGAAUCAAGAGAAGACGACGUUUACGUGCCCAUUUGCCUUGUUUACUUACAGACGGAUGUCGUUCGGACUUUGCAAUGCACUAGCCACGUUUCAGAGGUGUAUGGUUUCUACAGGCGGUUCAUUAAAGACUUUUCAAAAAUUGCACAACUGCUUUGCAAUCUCUUACAGAAGGACAAGGAGUUUGAGUUUGACCAGUCAUGCAGAGAUGCAUUUGACACACUCAAACAUAAGCUUAUUUUGGCACCUAUCGUUCAACCACCAAAUUGGAAUUAUCCUAUCAGAAUAACUUACGACACAUGUGACCAUAGCGUAGGAGUAGUCCUCGGGCAAAAAAUCGAGAAAGAACCACAUGUUAUCUCCUAUGCAUCUAAUACCGUGGAUGCUACCCAAAGCAAUUACUUGACUACUGAAAAAGAGUUUCUAGCUAUAGUUUUUGCUUUAGAAAAAUUUCGCUCGUAUUUAUUAGGGACUAAGAUUGUUGUUUUCUCUGAUCAUAAAAGAAAGAAAAAACGAGGCUUAUAA